AUGUGUACAGGAUAUUAUCGAAGACGAGUGUCUUUUAAUGAUUUUGAUGUGCAAGUGAUAGAUGAAGAUGCAGAGGCAAACGAUCCACACGAGACGGUAAGCAAGCCCAAACCGAUUCUGAAGAAUAAGAACCAGGUCGGAUUGGGUGGGGGUGGUGACAGAUAUCGGAAAAAAAGUUUGGUGGAGAUGACAGAUGAGGAGAUAUUACAACUGGACUCUCAGUUUGCCACCAGAAAGAUCAAUAUGGACGACUUUCGGUUCGAAAACGAGUACUCUAUUGCAGUGGACCCAUUCAGUUCAUCCAAACUUGCCCGCAGGACGUAUCGCAAACAAUCUACAGAUUACCCCACAAAACCUUUGAUAAGAGCAAACUCACUAUGUUUCAGCUUCCAGCACCCACAAUGGUCGCAGAAGAUCAGCAACGGCAAGUUCUAUCUGGUUCUGAUUUCCAGCAAGGAGUCGUCGCUUGGUGCGGUUGAUUACUAUCUUGACACCAAAUCCAGCAACGGCGACACAGUGGUGAUUUGUUGCUCUAUUAAUGACGAAAAAGAUAAGAACGAGUACUUGCCCGAACUGAUGGAUAUGAUUCUUGCCAAGUUCUACAAGUUCGACGCCGAUUUGAAGGUUCAGAUCAACUUUGAGUUCUUUAGGAACGUGGACUAUCUCAGAGACAUCCUGGACCUUUACAAUCCAACUGCCAUUUUGGUGGGGUCGAAUUAUCCGAAAAGAAGAUCUGGCUCUGUUUUAAGCUCGAAGACGUUUGUUCCGUUGAUCUACGUCAACGUCGACUACGACGAGCAAAGAUCGGUCAUGAUAGACUCACCAUCGGAGAUCAGGUUCAAACACCCGUUUUCUGAACAGAGACACAUCCCGUUUGUUACCAUCGAUGAAGCAGAUGAGCAGGAAGCCCCACCAAAGACAUUGGCUGAUCCGUUCGACUACGUGAAAAGACCCGAGGCCCGGUCCUCGUCGGCAAUCUCAUCCAGCUCUUCCUCAAAUGCAUCGGUCGACUCGCUCAACAGUUUCCGGAAACUAAAGACAAACGAGACGUCGCAUUCAUUAUUAUUUGACAAACUCAACGAUCUGCCCUUCAUUGAAGAUCAGGGGUUUGCAACCACAGAGACUCCGGCCACAAAAGUCAAGUCGCUGCUCGGCGACGACACAUCCACCCAGCCUGUCAAGAUCAUGUCCAACAGCAGCGGACACUCUCCGUUUGGCUCCAUUUCGAAGGUUGUCAGUCCGGUCGGCAGCGUUGGGUCUGCUCACAAACUGUCGUUGUCUGCAAUUAACCCAGAAACCGGAAUGGCCACGCCGUCCGCCUGCACAAAGUCUAAUAGCAUCGUGGACCAGUACAACAGACGUAUGAGUGUCCAAAAGCGCGAUCAGCCGGAACCAAAGCCUACACAACCAGCAAAGCAGCCCCCACCGGCUCGAAAACAGCCAGAGCAACCGCAGGAAACGAAAAACGAGCAUCCUCCACCUUUGGCACACGAGCCAGAAAAGAAAGGCAUAUUCCGCAACCUUGUCGUUGGUUCCAGACAUUCUGCUACCGCCAAAAGGCUGCUGUCCAACAACUGCGCCGGUGGACUUGUCGUUGAUGUAAAAGUUUCCAGCACUGUAUCUGAGUUGUUCCUGGACUUUUCUGAUGAUUUUGCGGUCGGAAGCAAAAACGGAACCCGUGAGUCCGUACUUGGUGGUGGAGUCGAUCUGUUGCAGAACCUGGUCCAGGUCCUCGUAAACGUACACCGUCAACAGAGGACCAAAGAAUUCGGUGCUCAUGAACGGAUGGGUAGCAUUUUUAGUCUCGACAACAGUAGGCUUGACGAAGUAGCCUUCGGAGUCGUUGUGGAGACCACCGGCAAGCAAAGUGAGCUCUGGAUCGACCUCGAUCUGGUCAAUGGCGGUGCUCAAUUUCUUAUACGAAUUCUCGUGGAUCACAGGACCCAUGAACUGGUGCAGACCGUUGGUAGCAGAGGUAUUAGUUGGCACGAUGUCAUUGGUCUUUUCAACAAGCUGUUUCUUGAACUCGGGCCACACCUUGGCGUCCACGUACAAUCUCGAGGUUGCAGAGCAUUUCUGGCCCUGGUACUCGAAAGCUCCACGGAUAGUGGACAGAACAGAGUGCUGGAUGUUGGCAGACUUGUCCACCAAAUGGAAGUUCUUUCCGCCUGUUUCUCCAACGAUUCUUGGGAAGUCCUUGUACUUUCCGCUGGCUGUGUUGUUGGCGAUGUUGGCCCACAGAUCGCCGAAAACCUUGGUGGACCCUGUGAAAUGCAAAGCGUUGAAGUUUGGGUCGGAAAGUACACCAGAGGUGAUUUUCACCGGGUCGCCAGGAAUGAAGUUGAUCACUCCGUCAGGGAGUCCUGCUUCUUUGAAGAUUUGCAUAAGCGUGUAGUUGGACAAGAUGGCGUACUGGGAUGGUUUCCAGACAACCGUGUUACCCAUCAAAGCUGGAGCCCCCACCAGGUUUCCGGCAAUGGCUGUGAAAUUGAACGGAGUCACAGCAUAAACAAAUCCUUCCAACGGUCUAUACUCGACCCGGUUCCAAACACCGUCGGUGGACUCUGGCGGCUGUGUGUUGUACAAUUGGUGAGCGUAUUUGACGUUGAAACGCAAAAAGUCGGCCAAUUCUGCAACAGCAUCGAUUUCCGCCUGGUCUUUGUGAUCACGCUAAACGAUCCUCAGGCACGAAACGCCCUCACCAUCCCGCAAUUCGUACAACUGGCAGACCUGCUCUGCCAGGCAGAUAAUCACCCGUCCACCCUGGUAACUCUUCUGGUCGCCAAGGGACCAAUGUUUUCCGCAGGAGCCAACAUCAAAACAGUCGCCAAACUUAAAAACAAGUCCAGCAAUGAGAUACUGUCGGAAGUCAGUGCCAAAAACCUAUAUCUUGUGCAUCUUUUCACGUCGCAUUCCAAAAUCCUUGCUGUUGGUCUGAACGGCCCGGUUGUUGGACUCACAGCGUCGUUGGUGGCGCUUUGCGAUCUCAUAUACGCCCAGAAUGACCGUGUCGGCAUGUCGUUCCCGUUCACAAACAUCGGACUCACCACCGAGUGUGCCGCUGCCGUUUCCUUGCCGAAAAGACUCGGACUCAGUGUUUCCUUGGAACACGUGCUAUUUUCCAAACCCGUGCCAGCAUCCGAGCUGUAUCGACUGGGACUCAUCAAUAAGAUAUACGAUUUCGACUCGUACGACAAGUUCAACACGCAUUUAGUGGAAAAACUCGGCGCAGAGCUCGAAGGACUCGAUAGAGACAGCAUCCUGAAAAAUAAAAAGCUCAUGCGGAAGCCGUUCGACGAACUCGUCAGAAAACACGCUCUUCAGGAAACCAUGUCGGGAGUCGAAGACUGGACGGCCAACAAGCCGCAGCUGGCGUUCGACGAGAUCGUCGCCGGCAAACGCAAACAUAAGUUAUAG